UUCGUGGACGCCGGGUGUGCGAGAGCAUCCGGGAACGCUGGGCGGGAGGGGACUGAGAAGACCUAGCCUAGGUUCUGUGGAUUUGGACCUCCGCAUUUCUAACCCAAGAUCUCGAAAUGCAUCGUGAUUCCUGUCCAUUGGACUGUAAAGUUUAUGUAGGUAAUCUUGGAAACAAUGGUAACAAGACUGAAUUGGAACGAGCUUUUGGCUAUUAUGGACCACUCCGAAGUGUGUGGGUUGCUAGAAACCCUCCCGGCUUUGCUUUUGUUGAAUUUGAAGAUCCCCGAGAUGCAGCUGAUGCUGUUCGAGAGCUAGAUGGGAGAACACUGUGUGGCUGCCGAGUAAGAGUGGAACUAUCGAAUGGUGAAAAGAGAAGUCGUAAUCGUGGCCCACCUCCUUCUUGGGGUCGUCGCCCUCGAGAUGAUUAUCGGAGGAGGAGUCCUCCACCUCGACGCAGAUCUCCAAGACGGAGAAGCUUCUCCCGCAGCCGGAGCAGGUCCCUUUCUAGAGAUAGGAGAAGAGAGAGAUCACUGUCCCGGGAGAGAAAUCACAAGCCGUCCCGAUCUUUCUCUAGGUCUCGUAGCCGAUCUAGGCCAAAUGAAAGGAAAUAGAAGACAAGUUUGCAAGAGGAGUGGUGUACAGGAAAUAACUUCAUUUGACAGGAGUAUGUACAGAAAAUUCAAGUUUUGUUUGAGACUUCAUAAGCUUGGUGCAUUUUUAAAAUGUUUUAGCUGUUCACAUUUGUUUGUCUGUUGGAACAGUGACACAAAGGUGUAAUUCUCUAUGGUUUGAAAUGGAUCAUAUGG